UAUGUUUGGUGUUAACUUCCUACACUCACUCCCGUUAAGAAGCCUGCUAAGAAACUUAGAUGUGAGCACCACUGCACUCAUCUUGGCUGCAUUCGUCCCCCUGCUGAAAUGAGACACCAGGACAGGCUGACUGGCAUUCUCCAUGAGAAAGAAACCUGGGCGGAUGUCCACCUCCCACCAGAUUCUACCAUUCUCACACUAUAUCCCAGGAUUUACUCCAAACUGUGGCACUGGACAAAUAUUAUCCCCAAGAAAUAUUCCAAAACAGGAAAGACUAAUGAAUGUGUCCAGUGGAGAAAACACCAGCCCCGUCAGCCACUUCAUCCUCUUGGGCUUUCCCUCCAGCCCAGAAAAGCAGCUCCUCUACUUUGGGCUCUUCUCAGUGGCCUAUACGCUAACCCUGAUGGGGAACGCAGCCAUCGCCUGUGCUGUGCGCUGGGACCGGCGCCUUCACACGCCCAUGUACAUCCUCUUGGGGAAUUUCUCUCUGCUGGAAAUCUGUUAUGUCAGCACCACCGUCCCUAACAUGUUGGCAAACUUCCUCUCCACAAGCAAGUCCAUCUCCUUUGUGAGCUGUUUUGCACAGUUCUACUUCUUCUUCUCCUUUGGCUGUGAUGAGGGACUCUUCCUUUGCAUCAUGGCCUUUGACAGGUACCUUGCCAUCUGCCGCCCUCUGCAUUAUCCACGCAUCAUGACCAGGCAGUUGUGCACUGGCCUCGUCAUCUUUGGAUGGUCAUGUGGGUUCAUUAUCUUCCUAAGUCCAGUAAUUCUCAUUUCACAGUUGUCCUACUGUGGCCCAAAUGUCAUCAACCAUUUUGUAUGUGAUCCUGUCCCACUGAUGAUGCUGUCCUGUUCUAAAGACACCACCACCCAGUCUGUCUACUCCACUUGCAAUGCCAUCUUCAUGAUUGGCACCUUUGUCUUUAUCCUUUGUUCCUAUGCUCUGGUGAUUCUGACUGUGGUACGCAUGCCAUCAAAGGCAAGCAAACGCAAGGCUUUCUCCACUUGUGCUUCUCAUCUGGCUGUGGUAAUGCUGUUUUUUGGCUCUGUUAUGGUGAUGUAUGUUAGACCUGGAUCAGGACACCCAGUGGAAAUGCAAAAGAUUCUUACCUUAAUUUAUUCUGUGGUAACACCUCUCUGCAACCCUCUAAUAUACAGCCUCAGGAACAAGGAGAUGAAGGUUGCUCUGAGGAAAAUCUUCAGGACUGAAAGAUCAGUUCAUAAAAUAUAA